AAACAAGCCAAGCUCCUCGAGUCUCCUUUCAUAAGACAGGUUUUCCAUUCGUCGGAUCAUCCUAGUAGCUCUUCUCUGUACCUGUUCCAGUUUGAAUUCAUCCUUCUUACACAUGGGAGACCAGAACUGCACACAGUGUUCCAGUUUACAAGGUCAUCCAGAUCUUCCUGUAGGAUAUCCCGGUCCUUCUCUGAAUUGGCAAUACGUCCCGGCUUUGUGUCAUCCACAAACUUUAUUAGCACACUCCCACUUUUUGUGCCGAGGGAGGUGGGUAGAACCAGCCCCCCUGAGAUGCUGCGGGGGAAGAGCUCUGGCCGCCCUCCCCCCAGCGUGGUGUUCGUGAAGACCCACAAGACGGGCAGCAGCACCCUGCAGAACAUCCUCUUCCGCCUGGGCGAGCGGCAUAACCUCACCGUGGCCUUCCCCCGCUACACCUACCAGUUCGCCUACCCCCAGCGCUUUGCUGCCGCCUUCGUGGAGCCGCUGCCGCCGGGUGCCACCUGCUACAACCUGCUGCUCAGCCACCUGCGGCUGGCAGCCAGUGAGCUGCGCCGGGUCAUGCCCCCGGACAGCCUCUACCUUACCAUCCUGCGUGACCCCGUCCGCACCUUCCAGUCCGUCUUUGCCUACUACCGCAGCACCGUACCCGCCUUCCGGCCCCUCGCCAACCACACCCAGCCCCUGGCUGCCUUCCUGCAGGCCCCAGCGCAGUACUAUGACCUGGCCGACACGGGCAACGGGCUGGCCAGGAACCCCAUGGCCUUUGACCUGGGGCUGGAGGCCGGCGGCGACGAAGGGGGCAGCCGGUGGGACCGGGAGCUGGAGCAGCUGAACCGGACCUUCCACCUGGUGCUCAUCGCCGAGCACUUCGACGAGUCCCUGCUGUUGGCGCGGGAGCUGCUGGGGCUGCGGCUGGAGGAGCUGGCCUACGUGCGGCUCAACGCCCGCCAGGGGGCCGUGGACGAGGCGUUGGCCCCGGGGCUGGCGCGGCAGAUCCGGGCGUGGAACUGGCUGGAUGUACGGCUCUACCGGUAUUUCCAGGCCGUGCUGUGGCAGCGGGUGGAAAGUUACGGCUAUACGCGCAUGAAGGGCGAGCUGGAUGCCCUGCGCUCGCUGCUGCGGGAGACCCGGGAGACCUGCCUGGCCGGGGAGGCCGUGGGGCCCGAGGAGACAGCAGACGAGCUGCGGCCCUGGCAGCCUGACACUGCUGCCAUCCUGGGCUACAACCUGCGGCCCAGCCUCCCACCGGCUCAGCACGCCAGCUGCUAUCGCCUGGUGCUGCCGGAGCUGCGGUAUCACGCCCACCUUUACUACCGCCAGUACGGCAGGGAGAUGUGCUCCCUGCCCUGUGGCUAGUGGGGCACAGGCCAGGGGGCUUUGAUAACCCACCCGUGGGGCCCAGAGCAGCAGCCCAGCCCCACUCUGAGCCACAGCCCGCGAGCAGAGCAGGAGGCAGGAGCUGGGUUUUCUUCGCUGCUUUGUCGCUGCCCACUUCCCGCUCCGGGCCUGUGACUCCCCACCCUUCGCCUAGCUAGAGGGUGAGCCCUUCAGGGCAGCGCUCGGGACUGCAAGCUCAGUGUGGGUAGCGCCCAGCCCCACCCCUCUCCCCUGCCCCUGGGGGCCGAGCAGCCGGGAGCCCCGCUCUUAGCCGGAUCCACAGGGCGCUGCUGUAGCAGAGGCUGGAGAAGCUGGAAGUGGCCCUGAUACACCCUAUGUCACCCGCACUUUCUCCUUCCAGCAGGACUUUCCCCGAGAGGCCCAAGGAGCGCCUGACUUGGGGGGGGAAGCAUCCCCGCACACUGUGUCCUGAGCUGGGGCCACCCACAAUAAAUAAACCAG